AAUUUACUGACAGAAUUUAAAUAUUUGUUGCCAUUUGUGUACAAUUGAAAUCUUCACAGGGAAACUCUUAGUGUUUUAAAUUGACAGUGAAAUCGGUAAGGGUUGUCCUGAAUGUUGAACCAUUUGUUUUUUGCCCUGUUCAUGGGUUGCCUGAUCAGCAUAAUCAGAGCCGCACCUACACUGCCACCGUCCACGGUUCGUGUCCACUUAAAGCCUUCUUCAAGCUUCUUCAUACACCCGCCACGGACAACCACAUCCAAGCGACUUGCCAUUUCCAAAGUUAAUUCCACAACUCAUGACUGGUGGUAUUUUAGAUCGAAAACAGUUGAUUCCAAAAGCAAAGCAAAGGUCCAAGGAAUCGGAAAUGAAAAGAGGCUGGUGAAGCUGGAUCUACGUCCGACCACAAAUUCUCGAAACUUCAGUACCCCAUCAGGACGCAAAUCAGAUAUUAAUAUCGAAAAAGAAAACGAAGACAAAAGGCUGAGUAAAAAGCGUUCCCACGUACGGGUCGUGGUUCCUUUAAGCUCAACCCGUCUGAGCGUUGGCGCUAAGGAUCCAAAAACACGGAAAAUCGGAGUAACUCCGAAUACUUCCCUGUUUCCAGCAACCAGAAAUCAAGGACUGUUGCUGCUGCAUCCACGUCCGGCCACAAAUGCUCAAAACCUCAGUGCGUCAUCAAUACAAAAAUCUCAUAUUAAAGGCGAGGGCAGAACGCAGACUAAAAAUCGUUUCCAAAUAAGACGCACGACGUCCUUGACGUCAAUCCAUCCGAGCGUCGGGGUCGAUGAUCCAAAGAUCCAUCCAGGGGGAAUCGGAGUGACAUCGAACGCUUCCACGCUUCCAGUAACCAGAAAUCUAGGACUUAUGCUUCUGGAUCCUCGUCCGAUCACAGAUUUUCAAAACCUCAGUAGCCCCCCAGUAGCCCCCGGAUUCAGAAGCCAGGUACAAAAAACCACCCGUAAAAUUCCCAUGGAGCUUACAAUACCGAUGAAAUAUCUGACCAGUCCGCAGAACGUGUUGAUGAUGGACGCGGCACCUGAAGAUGAUCAAAUGAUACAUACCGAAGCACCCGUGUGGAAGGACACGCGGUACCAUUUCCAGCACCAAAGCCGACAACCUAAAAUACGCCUAGAGUCGAGUCCAAUAAUGGAGUUCUAUCCCGAAGAUGGGAAGUUAAACACCGUGUGCUGGAACAAAUCAACCAUUAGGGGAACGGAUAUGGUUAUGAACUAUAUUAAGCCCCAUAUCUAUAAAAAGCCGUACGGCAAGAGGCACCUUUACCCUGCAUUUCGAAAGGCAAAUGGCACAUCGGGUAUGCCAUUGUUAUUCUGCCACAGUUCGGAUUCGGCUCCUGUUCAAAUGUUUUUGAAAUGUAUGAUAAUGCGCCACAUGAUGAUGGAGUCGUUGGUACCCAAAUAUCCCUACCACCAGGUCCAACCAGGUCCAUAAUAGUGCUGCUUUGGAAAACUGGAUCUAAAGCUGAAACUAAACACCAUGGAGGGUCCUGCUGCUAUUUGAUGAGCUGAUCAUCUGAUGAUCUUUUGAUCUGCAUUGAUUUUUUUUUAUCAUAGUAUACAUUGUUCUUUCAUUCCCCAAUGGAAUUGUGGAAUAGUCUCAUUUCCAAUAUAAAAUUCAUAGUGUUACAUGGGCAUAUUAUAUUUAUUUUUAUUUAUUUCUUAAAUUUGCUGUGAAUAAAACUAUUAGGAUACUCAAAAAUGUACAAGAUCAGCGUGAUGGUCUUCCUCUGCCUCUGUUGCUUUAUUACCACGAUUCCCUUGAAUCGCCGUCAUCUAGUCGUAUCGCAAGGCACUUACCCUGGUAAUCGCAGCAGACUGGUGGUCGACUAUGAUCUUGGGUUGAGCGACCAGGCAAAAGAUUCGAUAAGUGCUGGUCGGGGUAUCCGACUCUUCCAAAUGCCCACAUUUGCCAAUGCUCAAACCAGGAGGGAGUAUACGGGAGCAAUAAACACAACGGGGGACAUCACUUUUUCGCAUAGAUCUACUAAGAACUAUGACGAGAAACGAAAGCCUAGAGCAAGGGACGGAGAAGGAGAGGGGGGAGGAGGAGAGGGAGAGGAAGUAGUUAACGAAGCUCAAGAAAAGAGAAGAGCAAGAGACGGCGAUGGCGACGGCGACGGAGAAGGUGGAGAUGUAGUCCAAUCCCAAGAAAAGCCAGUUGACGAUGUCCUUGCGAUGGAUCAGGAAGACGACGAGGAGGGAUCAGACAAGGAUGAAGAAGAAGUGGUGGAAAAUAAAUUGAGUACAGUAAGCAGUACCAGAAAGGAGCUGAAGGUUACAGAAUUAGAACCAGAGCCAGAAUUAUUACCAGAACAAGAAGCAGAAGACGAAGAGGAUCGAGAUGAUGACGAUGUGGAGGAGAUUGAAGAUCUGGCGAAAAAACCAGAUGUUGCUGAGCAAAAUAUGGGCUUCAAGGGCCUACUCGGACCGAAGACACCAAGAGGCUAUGGCUUUCUUAAGAAACAAGGGGAAAGCGGAUUUGGAGAAGCCAUAUCCUAUGCCGCCAGUUGGAAGGACACGCGCAGGGAGGAGUGGAGAAGUGCGCUCGCUCGUGCCGGCGUUAUGUCCAAUCCCCUCGAGGACUACUAUCCAUCAAACACGAAAAAUAUCAGCACGGUGUGCAAAGAUAGAUCGUCGAUAAUGAAUUUUCCAAGAGUCACUAAGUGGCUGCACAAGGUUCUCACAAACAUCACAUACACCCAGCGGCCAAUAUUCGUCGAGCUUAGGCGGGAGCUGUUCAAAUUCGGCAAAUCGGAGUUGUGCCACAAAACUACAAUGGUUAAAUGGAAGGAUUAUCAAUACUGCGCCCUCAUGCGCAACCAGCGGAUGGAGUACAUGAUUCCACAUUAUCCGCUGCACCAAAUCGGCUAUCGUCUGUUGUUCAAGGCAAAGAAAGGCGCCUGAUUCGCCAGUUACUUUGUCCUUUGUAGUCUGUCAAAAUCAAAAAAAAUGAAUGCAGAAUAUCUGUUUUGUGACAACACUCGACAACAACACUUUAUCGAAGGACUUUCCACUCACUCCUUCUGAAGUGGGGGUUUCACAGCUUUCAUACUGAUAUUUAUAUCGGUGUAUCUUUCCCGUAGCCCUUAACUGUCAGCACAAACUGAGGAGCCUGGGCAUAUUAUUCCAAAGGCUAAAAACCAAAUACAGACACAACACAAAAAGUACAUGAACGAUGAAAGUAAAUUAUCUAGUGUAUGUUGCCAUUGGAUGCUUGAUCAUGAUGCCUUUUAUGGUGGAUACCAUGACAAUGAUAUCCAAUGAAGGUGUCACGAAACUGGGCGAAGAAACUGGUGUCUCCUCCGCCAGACAUCCUCAUAGCGAGCAGCUGCUAAUGGAUCAGCAGGACAUGCAGAUGGCGGCUGAUAACUCUGAUCUGGGCCUUCGCAUGUUUCCCAUAGUAUAUCAUAGCGAGCCGCCACCUCGUGAAGAACCUCGCAGCUCUGGACCACCCCAGUUGGAAAAUAAGUGGACUAGACGGUCUAGUGUCGAUCCCCUCCUCAACUUCUGGGCCAAGGCCGAGGAUAAAGUAACUAAAGGAACUACUAAGUUACUACCAAGAAAAUAUGACGAAGUGGAGGCUGAAGCUGACAAAGAAAGUGAUGGUGCUGGUGCUAGUGCUAGUGCUGGUUCUGGUACUGGUGCUGGUGCUGUCGAACAGAGAGCUGGUACAGAGAUGACCAUAUCCCUGCCGCGAUACGUGACUGAUCAUAUGGGUAAAUGGGUAUUCAAUCCGUGGGGCGUCACCUUCGGGGAUGUUUGGGAAGAUACUCGUUUCCAGUUUGAUGGCAAACAUUCUGUGCCGUGGAUCCUGGUAGAUCAUGGCGAUCCUGGCGCGUAUCGGAUGGAAAAGCUUCAUGGAUCAGUGUGCCAGGGCAAGUCGACCAUUUACAACGUUCCCAAAAUAUACAAAUGGUUUCCACGGUAUAUUGAUACGAAAAAACGCUAUCACCGGAACAUCCUAACUAAUCUGAGAAAGGAGAUCUACAAAGAUGGCAGAUCGGAGAACUGCCACACCGCGGACUUGGACGAUUGGUACGCGUACAUGCACUGCGCUCUAUUGCGAAAUAUGCGGAUGGACUAUUUUGUACCCAAUUAUCCUCUCCACCGUUGGUAUAACACCGACUAAUACCAGCCAUACCAUCUAUCCGAUAUUCCCGUUACCAUUGUAGUGUUGUGAAUGAAAUAAAACUGAAAAUAUUUGUUUUGUGUA